UAAAAAACUUCUUUAUUUAGUAUUAUUUGUUUAAUGUGCUUCUUAUAUGUCUCUGGCUAUGUCAUUAUUUGCUGUGAUAUGUAAACUCCUAAGGGCAGGGAUGAUGUCUGCUUCAUUUAUUUUUUAGAGCACCCAGAAUAAUGCCAUGACCAACAAGGUUUUUAAUCCAUUUGUAUGCUACUGUUGUAGAUUGGAACAGAAAUUGCAUCCCAUGCUCAUAAAGAAUACUCUUUCAUUCUUAGACUUUCCAGAGCCAGAAAUCUAAUGAAAUAUUUCUAUUAGGACACCAUUCAAUAUCAUUACAUGCAGCACAAAUGUAUACUUAUUGGUUUAUUUUAAUUCCUGAAGUAUCAAUAUUAAUUGAUUUUCUGUUAUAAAAGCUGCCCAAUGUAGAAAAUGCGAAAUAUGCUGAAAACUAUAUGAAAGAAAUGAAAAAUCAUCUUUAAUUCCCAUGCCAGAAGGUAAUCACAUCAAACAUUCAAACUUUUUUUUAUAUGACUCAUUUUAAAGUGUUAAUAUUAUCUAAUACUUAACUGAUUUUAAGACUUUCAAAAGGUUUCGUCCUUUUGAUUUCCACCCUUUCAGUUAGUGAUCCUGUGUUCUUUCCAGGAAGAAUUAUCGUUUUGUUAUUUUCAAUGUAUUGAAAUGUUCUGUGAAUUAAGGGAAAGCGUUUGCUGUCAGCUGCUAGUAACUGACUCCUGCUUCGAAGGAAAAGCUGUGGUGCCCGUGAAGGGAAAUUAAUCCAUCUUGCCCCAGUGCAUUUGUUCCCCUGAGAACCAGGUGAACUACUUUUGACUGUUUCCCUAGGAUUAUGUCACCCACCAAGGUAACUUUCUGUUUCAGCAGGUGAUGUUAAGAAACAAAACAACACCCUGUAAGUUAAUCAGUUUUGGAAAAUAGAGACUGGCUUUAUAUCCCAAGGCUUUGAUGUGUUUAGUGGUUCCUGUAGGGAUCUGCCUCUCUUUUGUUUUGAUUGACAAGACCCUUCCUAUAUAUUUGAGCAGUCAAGCAGCCCAGUGACAGAGGGUAGAGACAUUUACCCAGAGCAAUCUUCUAUCACUCAUCGUGAUUUUCAGGAAUCUUGGGUGCAAGUGUGAACCUUAAAAGGAGUUAGCUCCAGCAAGAUCAGGUAAGUGCUUCUCCAUAUUUGUAACUUCAUUCCACCAGAAGGGAAGUCUGAAGAACCCUGCUAAGGUGACAGAUCAGAAGUGGAUCAGUAGAAGUGCAUCAGACCGAGAGAUCAGAUUUCAAAGUAAAUAACUUUGCAGCAAUAAUGAAUGAUUUUAAGCAACAACAAAUUGAGGAUGUUCCAUAAAUGCAGUGUCCACUCUUACUUUAACAUCCAGGUAGGCUCUGUCCAGCGGGCCAAGCGUGAAGGGAAUGAUUCUGGCUCCCGGAAAAGCACAGAAAGUGACCAAGACCCAGAAAGAAUAGACCUGACAGUAAAUUGGGAUUAUGUUUUAAACACUUCUAAUGCUUUCCAAUAUGUAGGUUUAAACCGAAUCACAACCGGGUGCCUAUUACAGGGGAGGCAUAGAGCAGAGGCAAUUGGUAGCUAAUACGAUACAUUUUUAUGAUGUCGCCAAGUCAGGUGCCAGGUUUCAUAAUAUCUUGUGCAUACCCAUGUUUUAUGGUGGGUUGGGUUAGUAACCAUACAUCUGGGGCAUACAGUUUUCAUUUAUCUACGCCCCUCCGAUUUUCCAGCCACGACACUGAAAGUGUAAUUUUGUGUAGGUAGGUGACAGGGCACCAAGUACCCUAGAUCUGAGCAUAAAUAAUUUCAUGUGUUAUGUUAGGGUAUGCAUUACUUUUGGUGUGACUCAUAUUUUGAAUUUAUUUUGAAGAGACCAUUGGAACAAACUUCUUGAACACAUAAGUUAAGUCCAGCAGUUGGGUUGCAACAAGGAAAAGCCUGAGGAUGCCCUGGGAGGUUUGGGUGUCUAAUGAGCACAAGGAGUCCAUGGAAACCAUACUGGAGUCAGGGAGAAGAAAAUUCGGGCACUGUGUUGGGAGUCUGUGGGCGUUUACACAUACUUGGCUCAUUUCUUCCGAAAUGCUAAGAGCAAGGUGCCUUUGACAAUGACCAUCAUAUCAUUGGUCGCCCCCUGGAAGAACGCUGGCUCUGUUAAUAAACUCUCUUCCCUUUCCCUCUCUGAAGGAACGCCAUGAAGCUGGCAUACCUUUUCCUCGGCCCCAUGGCCCUCUUCCUCCUAGCUGGCUGCAGCUGUGUUCUCAGCACGUCCAGUGGGAACCUGCUCACCUUUGUGGGCUGUGCCGUGAGGGAGUUUACUUUCCUGGCCAAAAAGCCUGGCUGCAGGGGCCUUCGGAUCACUACGGAUGCCUGCUGGGGCCGCUGUGAGACCUGGGAGAAGCCCAUUCUGGAACCCCCCUACAUUGAAGCCCAUCAUCGAGUCUGUACCUACAACGAGACCAGACAGGUGACGGUCAAGCUGCCCAACUGCGCCCCUGGAGUGGACCCCUUCUACACCUACCCCGUGGCUGUCCGCUGCGACUGCGGGGCCUGUUCCACUGCCACCACGGAGUGCGAGACCAUCUGAAGCUGGCGUGGCCUACAGAACACAGCUGGCAGCUUUGAGCUUCACGGACCCAGGUGCACGGGCAGCCUGAGCAGCUAUACCCCCUGGAUUCAAGGACUGUUUAAUUCUGACCACCUGUGGAGGAGGUUAUCCAUCUCCCUUAGGCCCAACUCUGGCCUAAGGCCCAGAGGCAGCAUACUGAUGCUAAAAAUCCAAAACAACAUUUGUGUUUUCGCUGAAAUAAUUUCUCUGGUUCACACACUUGCAAAUUAAUUUAUCUUUGCCUUGAAUCUCAGAACAUAAUUUGUAUAUACCACAAUCCUCCUCCAAUCUGGAUUUAUAAUACGCCAAUAGUUUGAGGGCAGUGGGAGUAAUUAGGAAAUGGGUCUAGAAAGUCUUUAAAUUCCCAUCUCUUAUUUAACAAUUGGUCUUCAACUAGAUUUAGGAUCAAAGGGCCAGAUAUUAAUAAAACCAAGGCUUUGUCCUCAAGCCCCCAAAGAAAAUCCAAUUGCAAGCUUCCUUAGAGAAAAUACUCCCUCCUUCCUUUAACUGAGCACUUAUCUCAGGUUAAAAAGUGCUCAGAUUAAAAAGAGG